CAUGCUCCCAACUGCAAAUGAAUAUGACCAAAACAGCUGGUCACUCUCAUUUAUUCCUCAUGAUUCCACAUCUUAAAUACCAGAUUGAUCCAUCUCAAAACAACAACUCAAAAAAUAAAUAAAUAAAUCAAGAAUCACCACCAUGAAGAUCACCAUUGUGAUGAAAGGCUGUGAAUUCUCCAUGGACGUGGCCACCCAAGAACCCAUCCUGGAAAUCAAGAACAAGAUACAACACUUCCUCGGCAUCCCUGUGGACUCACAGACCCUCACAGUCUGCGACUGGGAACUCAUUGACGGCCUCGAUUUAGACGACUAUCCCCUCAUCUCCGACGGCACAAAAAUGCACCUAUCGACCAACCACACUCCACCACCCGUGUCCCCCUCCACCAAAAUGAAAAUCACAGUCAAAUUUUCCUCCAGAAAAUUCCAAAUAGACGUGGAUAACACCGACACCGUCAGGAGCCUGAAGGAGAAAAUCCACAUCGUGGACGGGACUCCUAUACGGAGAAUGACAUUAUGCAUCAACGCAGCCGAAAUGGAGGACGAUUUUCGCAGUUUGAGUGAGUACGGGGUUCAAGAAAGCUCGGAGAUCGUCGUGUUCCUGAAGGCGAUGAGCCGGGUGAUGGCUGACCCACCAUCGAGGAGGGUCAGCGUGGUGGUACAGACAUCGUCAAGCUUGAUGAACGCGGCGAGGAUACCGGUGGAGAUGAAUGAUACGAGUAGGGUCGAUGAGCUGAGGCAGCUAUUGCUGGAGAGGAGAAUGUUGCCGGCGGAUGAGUAUAUAUUCAUUCACAAACAGAGGAUCAUGAGAGAUGAUUGUAGCCUUCGUUGGCAUGGCGUUGAGAAUGGGGAUUUCUUGUAUGUUUUUAAGGGGACUGUCAGCCGAGGUGGCUACUGAUCAAUUAAGUAGUUCCUCGGAUUCUUGGCUGUGGAU